AUGGAUGCGGAGUCGCCAGCUUUGUGCCAGGAUGAACUGGCUGAGCUGCAGGCGCUGUGCCGAUCGCAGGCAACUCGAAUCGUUCAAUUGGAAAAUCUCUGCACGCAACAAAAGGCGCGCAUUCAGGAGCUGGAAAGCGAACGUGCCAAGACAUCGGCACCGAGCGCGGUCGUCAGUCGCGCAGGGCUGUUGGCAAGCCCAAGGAACAGCCUGGGCCGGCGGCACAGUGACACCGUGACGCCGGUGACCAUGACUCCCUUGGCAAGUCCAAGACCACCAGGCCCGUCAGAGGCGCUGCAACGUGCACAGGACCUGGCAGAUCUGUGGGGACAAAGGCGAUUGAUUUGGAGUGGUAUGGGACUGGUAUGA